UGCCUCAUGCUGUUUAGAAAGCACGAGCUUCUCAGUUGUCGAUUAGCGAACAAGUAAGAUGAGCAGCUGUUAAGGGUGGUCAUGGCUUUAUGCAACACUAGCGUUCCUAGCCGCCCUAACUCCUCACGAAAAAACAGUCAUACUUUGGAUCCCGACAAUAACGGAUAUGUUCAAGUAUUAGUUAAACCUCUUCAUGGUAGGAAAUGUAGUAUUCUAUUAAGUUGGUUAGGUGUUCCGAAUCUUGUGAUUUUGCCGGAACACGCGGCACUCGUGUACGGUGCAGGCGCUGUUAUUUGUUGCUGUUUGGCUUAUAUUGUUGUAGUUUGCGACAUAACUGACUUUUUUCAACGUUUUUGCAGAUUUACAGUACUUCUUUUUUCAGUAUUAUGUGCACAUUAUCUUUUUGCUUUGUACAGUCGUAAGAAAAUCAAUACCACAAGUUUUUAUUUUUUGUUUUGCGCCGGUAUUCUCGGCGAAAUUGCUGGCCAAUGUAUUUGUCGCGACGAAUCUGAAACCACCACAGACUAUGGUGAGCUAGACAUAACAUCGAAAUAUGCUAAGAACAGGGAUAAAGGCUUAAGUCUGGCAGCUGUAGGCCAGCUGCUUGUGUACUUGGCCUCAUUGGCAGGAGCUACCGCCCUUGCCAACGUUCCGGGUCGGCUUGGCACUGGGAUAGUUUCAUUCUUUGCCCUUGUUCGGCUUGUAGUAUUGUUAUGUCUUCCUGAACUGCCUGCACGUGUAAGCCCCUUCGUGGCCCACGUGUGUGGACUGUGCGGUGUUCUGCUAGCCAAACAUACCGAAACAAUGUUACGCCCUCCAAUCGACACCAUCAUCACCCAGGACGGUAAGAUUCUGGCUGUUCGUCGGCGUCGGACCUCGAGUUCUGCUGGACUGCAUGUCUUUGGUUACGGGAAACCCCGUCGGACCUCCCUUCCAGCUCUCUCUAGGCACUGUUACGGACAGAGUUCGACUUCUACUGUGGACAUAGCCCUGCUGGCCGAGGCCCACGGAAUAGUGACUGACAUGCUAGCUGACUCUAAUCUUCCUCCUCAUAUCAUUAGUGGUCUCCGAGCUUUGGCUUCUCUCCUCUCUCCUCCUACACAUGGACCUUCACAACCAAGACACCGACCAGGUGGAGCUAGCGUAGCUCUGACGGACUUUAACUCUGGUUCUGAUACUGAAGAAAUACCUUACACUGGAGAGAGACCUUCUGCGUUACCCAAGCGAUUGCGAAAAAAUCUUCCACCUAGUCUUUUACGUCGAAUGUCAGCUAGCACUUGGACAACUACCACUUCGGCUACUGGCAUGCCUACAUUCGAACCAGAGCCUAACCGUAAACGUACCACCAGUUUCAGGUUUCCUUUGGACUCUAACCACCAGGCUUCUCUAGGUUUAGGCAGUGCUAUAUCAGGAAGUUCAUCGUUUGGUGAAGGUUCGGGUCGAUCAAAUAGUUUAACUGUUGAAGUUCCCUUUAAUAAUCCCUUCUCUCCCCUGCUGGCUAAAAAUAUUCCUUUGCCGAUCUUUACGUGCAGCAGCAGCGCCACCUUUUCCAAGCAAGCUCGUUCGUAUUCCACCACGUCGAUUCCAGCUUCUGCUGCUGCAUGCCUAGGAAGACAAGUUCGAAGGGAGCGGAAGACAGUGUGUACUCUCCACCCAUUGUCUGCAGCUGACAUUGCAGCCCUUCAUGCUGUACAUGAGAGAGCAAACAUCACCCAAAGUACAGCUGCUGAUUUAGAUCGCCAUGAUGACCAAGAUGGUGAUGCUGAAAACACUGAAGACGAAUCACGUGACGAAGAGCCAAGUAAGCCUUUACCACCUUUACCCUGUAUUCGCCGAGUGAAUAUAACAUCCGAUUACGAAAGUAGUAACGAUUCUCCUAGUGGUAGUGAUAACAAUGAUGCUGGAAGUGUUCCAGAAGAUUCCACUGGUAGCGUUGGAUCAACACAUGUUCGGAAUCGCAUGCCUAGGUCCUUGGGUGUCCAAAUAUCCACACCCAACGACAGCUACCGGUGCAGCUUGUGUGGCGCACGAACGCGAGUCGUUGAUACAAAAGAAACAAGUCGAUCCCCUGGAUUAGUGGUUGUGCAUGAUGAUGUGCCUCCAGUCGUUGCAGCUAAAGGAAGAGAGUCUCCAGUUCCUUCUAUUGAUGAAUCUCUCCCCGGAAUCUUCGUCGGCGACGUGCGGUACGAUCUUGAAUCCUUACAUUCCGACCAAUUGCUGAAUCGUAUAAACGAAUGGGAUUAUCCGAUUUUCGAACUCCAACAGGAGGCGGGAAAUUGUAUUCUUAGUCAGGGUUUUCAACUUAUAACACUUAAUUUUACAAAAUGGUUCAUUCGGACAUCCUAUUUCUUUUGCUUGGUGUUAUACUUUUCUGAGAGAAUGUCUGACAUUGAAAGAGUUCUAGGGCAGUGUUUGUUCACUAUACUGGAAGCUUUGACGCAUCAUGGAAACAGACUGGGCCGGACAUAUUCUAGUACAAAGGUUCUCAAACGAAGGGUCUCGGUUCCCCGGGGCCGCAGGAAAGUGUCAGAGGAGCUGGAGCAAAUUCGUAAACUACACAAUGCUGUAAAAAUUCUUCAUUGGGUAGGGGCCUCAGUCAGGAUGCGGAAUUUUCUGGGAGCUUUGUGUACAGAAUGUCUGGGAACCUCAUUUCUAGUUGAUCACAAUUCCAUGCAUGCAGCUGAUGUAUUACAUGGCGUCUACUACCUCACCUCGCAGCCUGUUCCUGGUUUCGUACAAAUUCCAUCAGAAUCUACAGAUUCUCCCUUACACAAAACAUUAAAAAAUCCCAUUGAUUGUGGAACGUCUAAUCACAGACACUGUUUUGUAGCAGAUGACACUUAUGGCAUAGUUGGAGCUAAUUUUCCGGCACUGGAGUUGAUGGCGCUUUACACAGCAGCUGCCAUGCACGAUUAUGAUCACCCAGGCAGGACAAAUGCAUUCUUAGUAUCCACUUUUGCACCACAGGCGGUGCUCUAUAAUGAUCGUUCAGUGCUGGAAAACCAUCAUGCUGCAGCCGCGUGGAGUCUGUUCCUGUCCAGACCUGAAUAUCAUUGGUUGUGCCACUUAGAUAAGGCUGAAUUCAAAAGGUUUCGAUUUCUUGUAAUAGAAAAUAUUCUGGCCACCGACUUGAAGAGACAUUUCGAGAUUCUAGCAGAGUUUAAUGCCAAAGUUAACGAUGUUGAUGCACCUGGUUUAAAUUGGUUGUCUGAAACGGACCGACUACUUACAAUGGAGAUGUGUAUAAAACUAGCAGACAUUAACGGCCCCUGCAAGAGACACGAUAUUCAUGUACAGUGGACGAAUCGAAUAGCAGACGAAUUCUAUGAGCAGGGUGACGAAGAAGCCAGUUUGGGCCUCCCUAUCUCACCAUUCAUGGAUAGGCAUAACGCACAACUGGCCAAGCUUCAAGAAUCAUUCAUCAACCACUUGGUGGCGCCGUUAUGUAAUGCGUACGGAGAGGCAGGUCUUCUUCCUGGUCAGUGGAUGGAAUGUUCUGACAGCGAAGAUGAAGUUGUGUCUGAAGACGCUGACCGUAUAGAGAAGUCUGAAUGUAAAAAUACCGAUGAGGAAGUGGUUGAUAGGGACGGUGGAACUGGCUUAUUCCUUACCUGUUUAGGUACCUCCACUCAGCGCCGCCAUGCGCCUCAGUUGAAGCCUAAGAUAGUGAACUGUCUCCACACCAUUCAUUUACAAGAGAACUAUGAGCACUGGGUGAAUAUUCUGAAAGAAGAAAAUCGUAGUACAGAAGAUACAGAAUCUGUUACAGUCAAGAAAGAUGAAGAGGACGAUUCUUCCACUGCAGAAGAAUGCUCUCUCUCGGAUGAAAUGGAAACUAUUCAUGAAGAGGUUCGUCAGACAUCUUCCAACUCAAUGUCUACGAGUACAGCCUGCUGAUAUCCAGCCACACGGAUGUAUCAGGAAGCGUGAAACUAUACGGUUGGUACAGGCCACUUGUCCACCGAUGAAGAACUGUUACAGUUUCUUCUCUGUUUGUAACGUGUUUGUGCCAAAUGCUAAACUCCCUACCUUUACGAUCGCCCAACUCUGUGAGAAGGAUAAAGUUGAAUGAUAAAGUUGUUGGACACAAUUGUCAUUGGAUGAGAAACACGUUACAUGUUGUUAUUUCAGAUCUGAGACUGUGAUACAGAAAGUCUGCGUAUCGACUAAACGGGUUUAAAUGUAAUAUUAGAGGCAUAAAAACUGAAAGUAACGUUUGACGAUCAAAGUAAUGUUACUGUUAUGAGUUUGUGAUGCUUGAGCUCUUUUAACGAAAGAAACUUGAAGGCUGACAUUUUUUACAGGAAAAAGUCCGUAGAUUAAUAUAUGGCUUAAAUUCAUAUAACCUUCAAUGUUAUUUUAGUUCAGGAUUAUUACACUUAACGUAUCUUUUGGAAGGUUAACUAUGAAAAAAUGUCAUUUCGUUGAGCCAGUUGGUAUGUGUUGGUUGCGUUUAUGCUAGAUGUUAUCAAGUGUAUCUGAUAAAAUUGAUCAACUGAUCUCUAUAACCAUAAAAAUACUUUUUGUGGCAUCUCUUUUUAAACGUUAGUUCCAAAGUAAUUAUUCCGAUUAGUAAUAUUAGGGAUAACCGUUAGUGCCAUAUUUUUCGGUUUUUGACGUUAUAAUAAUUGGUUGCAGUUGCUCUCAUAUGAAAGUGUUUAACUUUUGACAAAGAUGAGGUUGGAUGAUAUUAUUGUCAUGAUUGUAAAAAUAAUAAUAUGAAUAGAAGUUAUAUUAACUUUGCAGUACUUCUCCAAACGUCAGGUGGAAAUUUAAAGUUUCCUAAUAGUUUAUUUUCUUUUUAAUCCGUUAUUACAAUGUAAUGUUAAAUAGUAUGGUUAGUAUUGAAUUUGUUGAAGAUAUAGAAACCUAUUCAUAUGGCAGAAGGAGGAACACUAUGAACGAGCAGGUUCCUCUAGCUUGAAUUUACACUCCAAGCGAGAAAAACAAUUAUAAUUGCUAUUUAUCUAACUAGGUAUGUAAUUCUAAUGGCAGAGGUAGCUUACUAUUUGAUUACAACAGAUAUCAGUUAGAUGAGAGCGUCUACGUCUGAGGAGACAUCAGAAGUUAAUCUUUUUUGUACUAGUGUUUUUGUGUACACCUAAUGAGUGAAUUAUUGCACUGUUGGAGCCAAGACAGCAUAAACAAACUUGUUUUGUGUUGUUAAAUGUGUAAAGAUAAUUAACAACUAUAUAAGAGUUUUGACAUUAAAGUAAACCCUCACUUAAAUAUUGACAGGUGGAUUUUGACUUUGAAUCUAAGAUGGAAGUUUUCUUUCAAAAGAAAGAACAGUGUUAUAAUGGAUUAAGAAUAUUACUUUUAAGUAGAAAAUAACAACCAAUCUUGUUUAAAAGUUUUAUAUAGACAUCUAGAGAAUUUUUAUGAAUGCUUUAAUAAUAAAUUGGAUCAAAAGACUUAGGGAAGACUUAUUUCACCAAACACUACCAUAGUGUUUGGUGAAAUAUAAUUGAUAAUUACAAAUCAAACAUCGUAAAAAAUAACUUCAUAUCUGGGAUGGUUGUGAUAUUUACCAUACGAGUAGUCCUUUCGACACAAGUAACAUUCAAAAUACUUCAAUUAGUCAUGUUUUUUAUACUUUAUGUAUUUUUUAUUUUGGGUUAGACUUGAAUGUUUGUACAAAUCUUCUCUGGGAGGAAAAUUUAAGUUACUUUGUACAGUUCCGAGAUAUCAGAUUUUGAACCGAUACACAAACACCUUGAUUACUGUUGUUUCUUUAUUCUGCUGUUAUUUUAUAAAUUUUUGAUGACUUUCAUUUUAUUGUUUUGGUUCAAAUAAGUAUUAACAACUUGAAACUAUAUGUCUCUCAUUGUAUAUUUGUAGUUUAUUUAUUGAACUCUCUAUAACACAAGUAUUUGGUAAAAAAUUACGUUGAAAAUCACAAAUUUCAUAACCUAUCAGUGUUCUCUUACAAUUAAUUGAUUGAUUCAGAAAUGUUAUAAGCCAAUCAGUUCAAAGAUAAUGUUGACGAAUCAGACAUGGAAGGUGGUGUUGGCAUCAUUGAUAUAAGAGGAAGAGAAAUGCUUUAUGUUCUGUGCAAAGAGAAGACUCACCUGUGGCCCUCACAAGAUAUAGUAACUUAGUAAUAUACAAACAGUGUUAAAUUUUGGGUUACUCGCACUGAAAUUUUGCUUUACAAUUUAAGAACGAGAAAAAAUAACCGAGGGUAAUUGUAAAGUGAAUAAGAUAAUAAACCCAGUUAAUGUAGACGCUAAUUGUAUAACCUAUAUACAAAAUGCAUAUCUUAUGUACUAACUUUCAGAAGAAUAGCCUACGUUUCAGGUUGUUAUAAGUACAGUAUGUGUAAUGUUUGGUACAUUUUCUACACGAAUGCUAUUAAUUGUAUUGUAAAACAGAUCGUGCUAAGGUUUUGUAAGCGAAAACAGACUCGUUACUUAGUUUUAUUUUCCUAUCCGUGUGCAUGCACCAGAAUAUUCAGUUUAAUACCUAAUCACAACCUAAUAAGUAUCAUAUCGUUCGAAAAAGGAAAAUAUAUAAAGCUUUAUAACAUGAUUUGUUUCCAUACUUUACUGUGAGGCCUAGAACGAUGGAGUUUGUGGACAGAAAUCGACGACUCGGUGAAAGAUUGACAAGCAAUGCGUGAUGGUUUUAAUUAUAUAUUUUUUACAUAUCUUAAAAUACUUUUCAGUUUUCCUUCUGUUAACUUUUUGCUCUUUGGCUUGUGCGUCCUUAAACACAACAUUUACUCAGUUGUGUGUGUUGUGAAUUGUAGAAAUGGUUUUUAUAAAGUGCAUAAAACUUUUGUUAUAAUUAGUAUAUUGUUGUAUACUAUAUGGUCUGCAAGUUUACAAAAAUAUAUUCGCUAAAAAGUAAUCUUAUAUCAUGUCAUUUUUGUGUACACUUCUAUGUUAGUGCUUUAUCAUAAUUUUUAAAAAAGUGUCAUAGGCUUCACGUCGUCAAAAUGAGUGAAAAUUCAGUUUUAGGGUGCUUUAAGAAAAUAAUAAGAACGAUAAGCUUUAUAACGUUAAGAAAAGGAAGAUUGCACUAUCUUUAAAAUGCACUAAGAUAAAACAAAGGAAACGACAGCUAUUAUUGCUGGAAGGAAGUGGUUAGAAAUAUUUCAGCUUUCUUCCGUCUUAAAUCUGAGUUGUUAAUGUUGUUGUAAUAGCUUUUGUCAUUCGUUUCCGCUUGUCUUCGAGCUGGUUUGUCAGUGAAAUAUAUCGAAUGAACUCAUUGACAAAAAAUUGUGAAAAGUGGAUACAGCUGUAAAUUUCUUUAAUUCUACUGGUAUCUGUUCUCUCUCGGUAUUU